AAAUAAAUUUAAAAAAAAAAUCUAUAACCAAAACAACCAAUUACGCUGUGGGCAUUUAAACAAACGCAUAACGGUCUCAUUAUCCGCGGUUGGUCUAUCGAUAGCCGCUAGUGAUGGUACCAAUCAGCUGUGAAUCCAUCAGCUUUUAUUUCUAAAAUAAAGCGCAUUUUAAAGCAUUUCGUGUAUUUACAGGCGACAUUAUGCCUUGCUUUCUGUGCACCCAGUGCACGGAUGGCGCAGACGGAAACAUAGAAUUCGCGUCGGAGGAGGCUGAUUCAUUGGGACUGCGUUGCAUGAUCGAGAAACAUUUCUGGCUUCAGAUUCCUGGCUCAUGCAGUGGAUAUGUGUGCGGUAGUUGCUGGGGUCAGCUGUUGCUCUUUCACAACUUUUACUUGAGUGUGGAGCAGGCCCACAAGACUCUGGAGCAAAAGGUUGUGGAGAAUGCACCCUUCCCAGAAGUGGAUACUUCCGCAAUUGAAGGACACUUGGUAAAGAGCGAGCAAGUUGAGAGCGUUGCCGCUGCCGUAAAGCGUCGAAGAGGACGUCCCCGCAAGGCCGUUCCACAGAAUGACAACGAGGAAUUAAAGCAUGUGCUGGAGCAAAUUAACCUAAAUGAAAUAAAAAUCGAGUACCCGGAGGCAGAUUUAACAAUUGCUGAUGUGCUGGAGGAUCAGGAAGAACAUGAUUUCCUCGAGGACGAAUGUAUCAGCGGAGACCAAGAGGUAGAUGACAAGCAAAACAAAAAAGCCCAGCUCAAGAUUAGAAAAAAAAAAACACGCGGCAGACCAAGGGGUCGUGGGCGUGUUCGACUGCCGGAACGACCAAAAAAAACCGGCCUUCCCAACAUUAAAAAGUCACAAGAGUUUAACGAAUAUAUCCGUGAACAUUAUAAGGUCCAGUGCCACAUUUGUAGUUCGCCCAUGGAAGGUUUCUCUGAGAUGUUGAUCCAUGUAAGACAAGAACACAAGCAGCGCGGUUACUCUAUGUGUUGUAAUCGCAAGUUUUUUAAGCGUGGUAUCCUUGUCGAUCACUUGCGCCGCCAUCAGGAUCCUGAGUUCUUUAAGUGCUCCAUAUGUGCACGCGUAAUGGGUCAUCGCCGGAGUCUAGAACUACACAUGCGGAUGCACGAAAUUAAGUCGCGAGGACGCCUCUACCGUUGCGAACACUGUUCUAAGAGCUUCUUCAGCUCCGUCGUCUGCGAUCGCCACAAGCUGACGCACAUUCCUCGGGAGCAGUGUCAAGUGAAGUGCACCCACUGCGAAAAGACAUUUCCAACUGAGUAUACGAUGCAGCAGCACGUGAAGUUGGUCCAUUUGAAUUUAUAUGCCAAGAUCUGUGAUGUCUGUGGAAAAUCCAUUAGAGGUCGCGCAGCUUUAGUCAGGCACAUGGAAGAGCACACGGGAACGCCACAAGCUGCUAUUAAGUGCCACUUGUGUGAUUCUAUGCUAACUACUAAGUACGGACUGGCCCGCCACAUAAAAAUGAUGCACACUGCCGAAAACCUGCAGCCGAUGCAGUGUGAGUUCUGCCUAAAGAUCUCGCCGAGUCUGCAGGCGCACCAGCACCACAUUAAGUACACCCACAAUACGGCGCGUAGUCAUCAAUGUCCUAUGUGCGAGAAGGCCUUCAAGCGACCGAACGAGCUGAGGGAACACAUGACCACUCACACGGGUGAGGUUUUAUACACAUGUCCUCACUGCCCACAGACUUUUAAUUCAAAUGCCAACAUGCAUGCCCACCGAAAAAAGGUUCACCGCAAGGAGUGGGAGGAGAUCCGCAACCAACGGAUAAAUCGUUCUCGGAAAUCGGACACAAUCAUAGCCGCUAGCGUACGUAAAACCACUGAGACAAGACAGGACUGUCCUACUACAGUCCCGUUAGUAGAAGCAAAGGCGAUAGAUACACCCAAUAGUCCUGGAGCAGAGUGCUAGCUCUAGGCGACCCUUUGACCCAAUAAAAACCAAAUGAGACACUGUA